AAAAGAAGAACUUCCUGGAGGUUAUGAAAACAUUGCAAAAAUAACAAGUUACAAAAAUUGUUAUUAGUUUAGGGUGUGACCAUUAUUUUUUUAUUAAUCCAGUAAUCGACAGAUAAUAUAGUAAUAAUUUUAUUUCCAUAAAAAUGAUAUCCUAAAUAAUAUAAACAGAUAUUAACCAAAAUCAGUAAUAAUCGAAAAAGCUAUGCCAUCACUUAGAAAGAGAGUUUCUAGUUAUUUCAGGCAACUAAGUUUCCACAAUGAACAAAGACGAAGGCACAACAUUAACGAGAACUCGUUCGUAACGAAAUAUUUACAGGGCCAUAUCUCCAUAACCGACGGCCCUCCGAUCAUUUACGGAAAAAAUCCUACCGAUUUACCCAAUUAUGAUCUAGGUAUUUAUAACAAUGGACCGGAUACUGUUGUGGGUUGCUACACAGGGCCAAACGGAGGUUUAACUACUGUUAAAAGAAUUGAAAAACAUUUGUCAGUAAUGGAUGAAGAUAUCGAUUACAUUGAUACACAUGAUGAUGAAACAGACAUACAACCUACUUUACCAAAAAAAUCUCCUAACCAAAUCAGCCCAGGACAACCAAUAGAUAAUACAACAAUGGUUAUAAAAGUUGCUGGAAAUGAAUACUGUGUUAUAAACAGACCAAAGAGACAUAGCAAAAGUCAUAGUUUAGGUAGCAUCAAGGAUUUUAAUAUAGAAAUCGAAAAAACUAAAAUCGACAAAAGUUUUUAUUCAAAUACCGUUUCCCAACCUCCGGAACGUAAAAAUAAUUUAGUAGAAAACAAUGAAACGGAUCGGAAAAAGAAUGAGGAAGUAGAUAAUAAAAAAGAUGUUCCCAAAGACACAACUCAGAAGAAAAUUUCAAAGGAAAAUGUCUCUUCUGUGAAAAGAGAUCCACGACAAACGGAAAAAAGAAAUGAAAAUUAUAAUCUUUCUAAAUCUAAAAGUGAGGGUAAUCCCUUUCGCCAUCAGAAAAGAGGAAAAGUUAUCCAAAUCGAAAGGCCAAAUACUAGGGGUGAUGAAAACGUUACGAAUAACUCUAGGCUACAAAAUGAUGAUUUGUUGCUUCCGAAAGAAUGGCGAAGGAAAUCUGAAUAUGCUUAUGGACUUUCCGAUUCCCUUUACGACAGAAAUCAAGUCACUAAAAAUAAAAAUGGAAAUCCUAUUGCUGAUUGUUUUGGUAUAAUUGCUAGAAAAGAUUCUGCUAUUCUAGCCGUAGCAGAUGGAGUUAAUUGGGGUGAAAAGGCCAGUAUAGCAGCUAAGUCAGCAGUACAUGGUAGUUUACAUUAUUUAAAUAAAACUAUAUUUAAUGAUACAAAACCUUUCGAAAAUCUCACCAUAAAGACUGACGAGAGCUCUUUGUCAAGUGCAGUAUUGGAUGAAAAAGUAAAUCUUGUCAGUAGUACUAGAGAGGUGUUUGUAUGUCUUUUAAGAGCCUUUAAUUGUGCUCAUGAUCUCAUCUUGGAAAAUAAGGGCAUGUUGACUACUUUGACGGUUGCAGUGGUACUACCAUUGAAACAGAAAUUAGAAAGGAGAGUUAGAACACCUAAUGGAGAAAAAAUAGAAACUGAAAUUCAGUACGUGUGUUGUGUUUGUAACGUUGGUGAUACUUUGGCUUACAUUUAUUCUAGAAAAUAUGGAAUUAGAGAGCUCACUAAAGGUUCACACGAUAUAAACUGUAACAGAGAUAUGAGGGAUGCUUUAGGAGCUUUAGGUCCCGUGGACGGUAUCAAUCCGGAACUAAGCAAUCUAACACUGUCUGUUACAACUUUGCAACAAGGUGACAUCGUUAUGGUUGCUAGCGAUGGACUUACAGAUAAUUUUGAUCCAAAUGUUUGUAAAUUUGCUGUAAAUAUAAAAAGUGAUCAACAAAAUGUUCGUACCAAACAAAAAACUGAACAGCCACAAGAACCUAAAGAAAUCAAACAAUCUUUAACGAAGCCUGUUAGACAAACGGAACCUGUAGGACAAAAACCUCCAAUGAAACCCCCUAGGAAAUCUAAAACUACAUAUGUUUCCAGUAGGAAUUCUAUGGAUAGAAGUACAGUAAAUAGUAACUGUUUACCCGAUAAGUCUUCAGUGAAAAAUAGUCCAAUACAGGAUAAAAACGCUUCCAUUGUUAAACAUUCCGAUAUUAGUCAUUCCAAUCAACCUAAAAAGGACGAUAAUAGUAGUGAGGAUAUAAAUACGGAAAUUAAAAAUGAUUCUCCUAAAGAAAACAGCAUAAAUGAUUCUAUGAAUAGCGAAUCCGAAUAUAAUAAUCCACUUAUAGCUGCAUUUAUGAGCCAGAAUUCAUUGGAUGGAACACCAAAAAGUGAAAAAAGUUAUAAACAAUCCGCAGUAGCGGAAAAUAAAGCCAGCAGUUUGAGACGUCAAGCUGCUAAUCAAACUCGUCAAGAUAUUGUGGGAUCUAAUCUGAAGCAAUCGAAAUCACCCCGCGCCACCCCAUCGAAUAGAGAGAAAAAAUCUGCUGGAGAAAAAUGUAGUACAACGUCGGGAAGAGUUGAGGCAGGUUACAAAUUUUUACGAUCAAAAACCGCUAUAGAUAUCAGAAGUUCAAAUGCAAAACCUAUAGUGAGAAAUGAAGAUGGUAUACCUUACAUUACUCCAAAUCAAAGAUAUGAUCUCCAGUUAUUGUUGAUGGAAGAUAUUCUGAAAAAUGGAUUAUCGGGUAAAGACGGUCCCUGUACAUCUGCUAAACAAUUGUGCGAAAAUCUAAUUAGUUAUACUAUUAGUAUAACAUCUGCGAAACGUCAUACACUCGAAGAUCAAGAUUUGUACUUUGAUGACAAAAAUGGUGUUUUGGUGGAAAUUAGUAACCAAGAGAAAAAAUUACGUAGAAAAAAGGGUUUAGAAAAAGUACAGAAUUUACCCGGAAAAUUAGAUCACGUAACUGUUGUCGCUUAUAAUGUUGGUAUCGUAUAUUGAUACCAAUAAAAAAAAUCGCCUAUUGAGGUUAAUUCACACAAUAAAAGCCUAAUUUUUUUUAAUUCAAUUGAUACUACAGAAUGUUUCAAAUUAAAUAGAGGGGUUCGAACGCUUUAUAAUAUUUUUUACAUUAAACUGUCCAUCAUAAAUAAUUCAACAUUUUUACAUAUAAAAGUAUCAUAUGUCAAAACGAUACGAGAGUUCUUUCCAAACGUUGAUCAGGAUCUUUGGAAUGAUUCACUGUUGUUUGAAUCCUGUUUCAGGAGUAUUAAUCCCCGAAGGUGUAAUGAUAGAAAAAUAUCUCCUUGCGACCUAGCCAACUACCAGAUUCAGUGAGGUUUAUCCAACUGUGUACUUUGUUGUGUCAGUGAAUUGGCUCAUCAUCAUGCUGAUCUAGUUCAUAUUUUCCUAGUAUAGCAAGAUAAGGUGCUAAACCAUAAUAAGAAGCCCAUAAACUAUUCACCGGAAUAUAGCACAAAGAAAAUUCGUUGUAUUUGUACCAUAUCGUGAGGAUUUCCAGAUCUGAUGAAUCCUCCAAGAGUCGCUGGCUUUGAAACAAUGCUCUUCCACUAGGUCAAAUCCUCUGUCUGAAAUUAUACGGUAUUAGGACAGGUGACCAUGAAGGUAAUAGAAAAAGUGUAUUUCAUUCUGUCAUUGUAUUGGCUAAGUCUUGCUGAUCUAGUCCAUCUUCUGCCAAUGAGCUUGACAUUACAGAAGACGUGGUACCAUAGUAGCUUCCUCUAUUCCACCGAACCAGAACUCCGGAUUGGAGGCCCUGUCCUGUCUGUGUUUUAUCCACGAAAACAGGCUUUCAUGUGUUCUGUGAUUAGGCCUACUACAAGUCUUACUAGUAUUUCCGCCACCCAUUGUGAGGGUUCGUCUCAACUAUGAACGUUUUGGUUAGGUCUGCAACUUGCGUCAUGCCUCUUUGUUUUUUCCCAGAGCUUAAGAUGUUCCUUAAUAUGUAAGGGAUUUCCACUGCAGCUUGUGGUUUGCAAACCGUAAAACACAAAAAAAAUUAUCUUUUUUUUUUAUUCAUCGAAAACAUUGUGUGAACAAACUUACUGGUGCCAUUUAGAACUAUAAAUGUAAUAAAUACAGUACCCUGCUAUUAAUUUUGAAACAAUAACAACGAAUUGUCGUUAAAAUAAAGGUUUGAAUAAAAUAAGGAAGGUCCAAUUGACUAUCGAUUGUUUUAUGAAUUAGGCAUCUGAAAAAUAAAUUCUCUAAAAUAUGGAAUAUUGAAAAUAGAGGCCCGGUACAGUGCAAUUGAUGUUUUGUUUAACUUUUGUUACCUUUUCGGAAUUUUUUGUUAUGAAAUAUUUACAUAUUUGUAAUUUAACAUGGCGAAUAUAAAAAAAAUAUACAUUUUUAACAAAA